AUGGCAGACGAAAGCAUAAGAAAUGCGAACCAUGCCGUUGCACAGGCUUUGGCGGAGGUUAAUCGCAACACCGAGAAGAUCAAGGCGAUUGAAAUGGAUAUCAAGGCGAUUGAAAUGGAUAUCUACGCGAUUGAAGAUGAAGAAAACUUCACUGGAGAGGAGCCCCGGUACAAGAGAUUGAAAGCGCGUCUGACGGAGGCGUACAAGCGUUUGAAGGAGGCGAAAGAUGAUCUGAAGGAGGCGAAAGAUGAUCUGAAGGAAGCGAACGAGCGUUUGAAGGAGGCGAGAGAGUAUCAUUUGAAGCUAACUCUUACUGAUGUACAACAUAUACACAAGAAGAACGUGAUGUCGACUGUCGUCGAGAACGAGCAUAUUAAUUCGAUUGCACAGAAAUUGGAUAUCGAUGCGUGGCAAGUUGGCGGCAUCUCUAUCGACAUUUCCCGCGUCGAGUCGGAUUUCCCCGAGUGGUUCUACAUUCGAAAGGAAACGCUGGAUAUCAUCAAGGUAUUUAAGGCUCAGAUGGAAGCCAAACUUAGCAUUGUUUUUGUGGGCACACCUGGUGUGGGUAAGAGCAUGCUGGUGGUGCUGUUUGCAUUCUACAUGGCUUUGCGUCAGAAGAAGCGUGUCGUGUUGUUUCGAAAGAAGAAGGGGGAAGGAGUUUCCAUGCUAAACCAAGCUCAAGAUCAAGAUUUUGAGGUCUGA